GCUCAGAASUUAUAAUUCGAACGUGUGUUUUUACCUGGUAUAUUUCUUUAAUAGUGCUUAAUCAAGAAAUUCUUUGUGUGGUGAAAAGUCAAGAUAAUGCUGGAAUUACCACCAGCCUUAGAGYAUGAAAGUUCAACUGUAUUUGCAAGAAUUUCAGCCCCAGUUAUCAAYAGUAUAGAGCCAACUGGCAGAUGGUAUGAAGCGUACAUCGCACGCCGUCAUCAUAGUUCACUAUCUCAUCAUUCAGUGGCUUCUGAAAGUGAMGAAUCAAGUAGCUCUGAUGAAAGUAUCGCAUCAGAUGAUGACGAUGAAAGCUUUAUUUUGACUUUAGAUCCUAAAGAAUGGAAGAAACAAGACCAUUAUCGUGUGCUUGGUUUGACAAAGCUUAGAUAUAAAGCUACAGAAAACCAAAUCAAAAAAGCUUACAAAAAGAAAGUUCUCAAACAUCAUCCAGACAAAAAGAAGAAUAAAAAUCAGCCAUCCAGUAAAUUGGUAUCUAACGAGGAUUAUUUCCAGUGUAUUACCAAAGCUAAUGAUGUCCUGAGUAAUAGAAGUCGUCGACGAGCCUAUGACAGCGUAGAUCCGCUCUUUGAUGAUGAUGUCCCAGCGAUAAAUAAUAACAACAAAGCUAAUUUCUUUGAAGUAUAUGGUCCAGUGAUAGAAAUGAAUGCACGGUGGUCAAAUAAUGAACCAGUUCCUCUGCUUGGACAUGAAAACUCAACAUUUGAAGAAGUUGACAAAUUUUACACAUUCUGGUAUGACUUUGAUUCUUGGAGGGAAUUCUCAUAUUUAGAUGAAGAAGAAAAAGAAAAAGGAGAGAAUCGAGAUGAAAGAAGAUGGAUAGAAAAACAGAAUAAAGCAAUGAGACAGAAACGGAAGAAAGAAGAAGUUGUGAGAAUACGAACUCUUGUUGAUAACACCUAUGCAAGUGACCCCAGAAUCAAAAGAUUUAAAGAUGAGGAAAAAGAGCGUAAACUAGCGGAGAAAAAAGCAAAAGAAGARGCUGCAAAGGCUGCAGCUGAAGAAAAGUUAAAGAAACUACAACAGCAAAAGGAAGAAGAACGUUUAGUYAAGGAGAAAGAAGAACAAGAAGCCAAGGAAAAGGCUGCAUUAGRGAAAAAGGAGAAGGAAAAACUAAAGACAGCAAUGAAAAAAGAAAGAAAAACAAUACGGACUGUGUGUAAAAAUUUUAACUAUUUUUGUGAAGAUGAAACGGCAAGACUCGAAGAAAUGAAUAAUUUAGACAUUUUGCUGGAGUCUCUUUCCCUAGAAAGUUUGCAGACGUUUCGAGAAGACAUUGAAAAAGGCGGAACUAAAGACCAAGUUCAAGCCAUCUAUCAAGAACAGAUUGAAGCWAUGAAAGACCGUCGUAAACAAGAACAGGAAAAUCAGAAGGCUGCAGCCGCUCGCAGUAAGAAAGAAAGUGAAGAAAGAGAAGAGAAAGACAAUCAGUGGACUUUAGAACAGACACAGCUACUUGUGAAAGCUGUUAACUUGUUCCCUGCUGGCACUGUAUCCAGAUGGAGAGUUAUUGCUGACUACGUCAAUGACCACUGCAAGACAGGAAAGCCACGAGAACCAAAGCAUGUUAUCAAGAAAGUKAAAAGUUUGCAGAAAUCUGAUACCUCUCUCAAAGAUGAAUGCAACAAAAAUGCUUUCUCCAAGUUUGAAACAGCGCACUCGACCACACCUUCCUCUGGUGAAUCAGUUCCUACGGUCAGAUACAACGCCGAUGCUAAAGCGGACGCAGAAAAGCCGUGGUCAUCAAACGAACAAAAGUUAUUAGAAGAAGCUCUUCGUAAAUARCCGGCUAAUACACCAGAACGUUGGGACAGGAUCGCUGAAUGUAUUCCCGAUAGAACAAAGAAGAGUUGUAUGAAAAGAUACAAGGAAUUAGUUGAAAUGGUAAAAGCUAAGAAAGCAGCUUCCCAGACAAAAACUAAAUAAAUGAAUUAUUUUGAAA